UUUAUAAUUUUUGGAAUGAUGAAUACAAAAAUUUUUAAACUUUCACAUGAACUUAACCAAGCAUAUACUUACCAAAUUUUAUUAGAUUUAAUAAUGCAAUUUUCAUUAAUAUUGAAUACAUUUUAUAACAUGUAUUUUUAUUUAAUAUCAACAAGUCUGUCAAAAAUAUUAGAUAAAAGAUUUAUAGCAUUUUUCAUAUGGGUUUUCAUACAUUCUACAAGAAUUAUUCUUGUGAAUAAUCAUUGUACUAAUUUCUAUCGUGAGGUUGAAGUAACAGCACAUUUGCUUCGAAAAUUACAAUUUCGCUAUUUGGAUAAUUCUAUUAGAGACGAGAUACAACAAUUUUCAUUACAACUCCUUCUUCAUCCUUUAAAAUUUACUGCUGGUGAUUAUUUUAUUCUUAAUAAUAAAUUAUCAACAAUGUUUUUUGGUAAUUUAAUAACUUAUUUAAUUAUAUUAGUACAAAUAAGUCCAUCAAAUAUGAUAAAGCCUUUAAGUUAA